CUGAGGGAGAGAGCGGGCUCCCGUGUGGCAUGCGCCCCAGAAGCGCAUCCUCUUCUUGCCCAAGUCCUUGGCUUGGCGGCCAGAAAGAGAGGCGCCUCCUCCACUCACUUCCAGGUCUUUCCCGGCACAAAGUAUAUUGAGAGACAGACUGAGAGAGAAGAGCUGCUACUUCCCAGGAGUCCUAUUUCUCUCCCCUGUUGUCGCUCAGAGCUCUAUGUUCUCUCAAAGGAGGAGAAGAUCCUUUGGAACUGAGAUUUCCUGAAAUAAUAGAGUGCCUUUGGACUUGGCAUGGGAAAUGAGGAAUAGAAGGAAUUGGGAGCCCUUCUGAUCAGAAUGAAACAAACAUUGAGAGAUUUUUCAAAUCUCUUGCUAGUUGUACUCUGUGAUUACGUCCUCGGAGCUGUGGAAUACCUUCUUUUGGAGCAACCCACUCAUGUGGCUUUGAGCAAUGGCACCGUGUCGGUGGGCUUCCAGAGUCAUGACAGUGGGAAUGUGACACUGAGAAAUACCUCCAUCCUGCUCAUAGAUGCAAGCACCAACCAAACGGUUGCAGAGAAACCGCUUCCUCAUAGCCAGUACCAAGAUAUUGUUGUCUUUGAGUGUUUCCAUUUCCGGAGCGCUGGGAAGUAUUGGCUCAAAAUGGCUUCUGAAAUCAUCAAUGGUACUGAGUCUCAAUGGAGCAACAAAACUAUCUCGCUGAGUGUGAUAUGGCCUGUAUUUCACUUUGAUUUGAGGAGGACUUCAGAAGGACAUAGGGGUUCCCUUCAGCUCCAGCUAUUUACCAACGAAUAUUUAUGCCCAUUGAAUAAUACUGUUCUGUCGCUAGAUGUCAUACUGACUAGCAGCUUACAAAAAUUAGGGACUCUGAUCUUGAAUGAGACUGUGGGAUUGAGAACUCGCAGAAAACUUUCUUUGUUUAGAUCCCAGUGGGUCAAAUUUGACUGUCUUUUGGUUGCCCAAGAAGCGUAUGUUGCAGUUUUACUGAAAUUGCCGGAGACCAAUUCAGUCAUUGCUUCAGCAGAACCCGUAGAUCUUUUGCACAGAUUUGGCUACAAGUUGGUUGUGGCAUCAGCAGAAGAAACAUGUGAGACUUCAGUCACGGUUUCUGUGAUUCCUCCUCCAUGCAUUUCUUCCAGCGGGCGCAUUACUGUGUUCAAAUAUCACCUCGGGCCGUUUGGGCAAAGGGCACAAAAGCUGCAUGAAAGCAUCAUGAACCCAAAGGACAACCAGGUAGACUUCAACUGCACGCUGUUCGACAAAGGCACACACAAAUACUGUUUCGAAUUCUGGCAGCUGAACCAAGUCGAUUCCCAACCGAGAGCAAAAGAAUGCAGGCUAAUCCAUAGGAGUGUUGUGUCCUGGAGUCUUUGGCAGGCCUGGAGCCCAUGUAGUGUGACUUGUGGGAAUGGCGUCCGUGAACGCACCCGAGAGUGUUUAGCAUCAGUCGCAACGAAUAAGCCCUCCUGUGUGGGGAAACAGCAGGAAAUGUCUCCAUGCUCAUUGGAAGAGUGCUCUACCACUCUAUCUGCUCCCAUCACACCCUGGCAUCCUAAAGGCCAGAGAACUGCCAACAAUUUGGUCACGGUCACUGGCAUAUCAGUGUGUUUAUCCGUCAUCUUUGCAACUAUCCUAAUCACCUUAUGGAGGAAGCUUUGCAGGACCCAGAAGUGCAGCACUCCCAUGCACUGCGACUCUUCUAACUCUGCUGGCUUUCGGAAGAACUCAGAUGAAGAGACAAUCUGCCAGGAAAGACAGCUGCGAGACAGCUUUUCUGAGGCCGAAGCCCCUUGUUCAUCCCUUGGAGGGGCUCCUGAUGUACCCUUGAAUCUCAGGAGAAGCCUUCAUGUCGCUCAAGAUGGAGGAAGCGGAUCUUCUGUGAACGAAAGUUUUCAGUCCAAUGCCCAUAAAAUUAUUCCCCCCAUUUUCAGCUACCGCCUUGCACAACAGCAGCUCAAGGAAAUGAAGAAGAAGGGCCUCACAGAAACAACAAAAGUCUACCAUGUUUCUCAGAAUCCUUUGACGGACACGGUGAGCUCAGAAAACCAGGAGGCUGCAGCUGCAAACAAGUUUAGGAUCAAGUCUCCUUUUUUGGAGCAACCAUCCGGUUGUCCUAAAUUCUCCACCAACAGACCCUACUCCAAUGUGGAUUUUACACCAUCAGCAACUGAGCCCAUCUGGAGCCCUUGUCAGUCCCUAAUUAGAAGAGGUGUCCCCAAAUAUCUGGACAGCCAAGGGGAGUCAUGGGAGAGAAGCUACUCAAGAAAUGCACAGUUCAGGAGAACAGCUAGUUUUCAUGAAACUAGGAAGGCCAAGCCAUUCCGAAAAAGGAGCAUGUCCACCCUUACGCCAACCCAGACUCCACUUUACCACUGCAGAACUCGAAUGUGGGAUUGUGUUCCAGAAGAACAUAAGCCUAAAUCCAAAGCUGUCAAUCAGAACCUCAUCGAACUUGAACUGUACCGUAGUACCCAUGUAAUGUCUGAAGAGAUGAUGCGCGGGGCACAGAAACCCCACAAGUGGGAACCUCCCGGGGAGAAACCAGGUCCUGUCAGCAGUCGCCAGCUUAUGUUCCAGGUGCCACAUGGAGCUGAUAGACCAGAAUGGAAGAGAAACAAGAGCAGCCCUUUUCUAAACCACAGCAACACGUGGGAGAGAGAACCUGCCAGGCUGGCUCCUAAGGAUUGCCCCCUGAGAGGAGGUGCUCUGAGCCCCACCCAUUGCAGAAGGAGCAAGUGCCAAAGCUUCCCCUCCGGUCCCAAGUACAGCUUCUAUGACAACACUACUUUUGGGCUGAUGGAAUCAGGACAGCCAAAGAUGGACCUGCCUGGAUACUUUGGCUCAAGCGAAGAAGGUGAAAUAAGUACUUUAAGUAUUGAGAAUCUAGUGAUCUGAGGGUCUCAUGAUCUUAUUGCGAGUGAUCCUGUGGACUGAAUCCAAACAUGGUAAAUGUGAUCUUUAGAUUUCUCCCUUUUUAAAAAAAGGAAUCAAUUUUCACCAUCUUAAAGAGAUAGGUGGCCAAAGUGUUGCUGAAUGUCACAUUUCAAUGCCAACUACUUUGUUAGGGAGGAGUAAUCAGAUUAUAUGGAAAUAAACAGUUGCUAAAUGAGACAGUGUAGUAUAGCAGUUUGAGCGUUGGACUGUUGAGUCUGGAGACUAGGGUUUGAAUCCUUCUCAGCCAUAGAAGUCCAGUGGGUGACCUUAGGCAAGUCACACUUUCUCAGCCUCAGAGGAAGGCAAUAGCACAUCUCUACUGAACUAAUCUUAUCAAGAAAACCCUGUGACAGAGUUGCAAUAGGUCAGAAAUGACUUGAAGACAUACCACAAAAAAAAUAAGAUAGUGUAUCAGAAAUUUUCACAGAUUGACUUUUAUUUUUAGGAAUUUGAUUCUGAGCUUCCUGAAAAGUCAAACAGUUAGGAAUUAGCCCUUCAGUUUUACCAUGAAAAAUAUGGGUGGAGAAUAUGUGGUUUCCAGAUGUUUUGGACUACAACCCAUUAUCAGAGUUAUCCUGGGAGGGGUCCAAAGUUUCCCCUGCUCAUAAAGAUGAGAAUUUCUCCUACAGUAAGGCUGGGGGACAUGUCGCCUUCCAGGUGUUGUAGGAUGGCAAUUCCUAUCAGCACUGGCUGUACAGGUUAUAGAUGAUGGGAAGUGUAGCCCAUCCUUGCUUGAGGGCCACAUAUUCCCUACUUCUGCCUACAAAGAAAUAAACCCUUUUCAUACCUUAAGAAGCUACUUGUCCAGUGGAUGGUAUAUACAGUACUUUCAAGUUGACUCUGCGGAAACACUCUUAUACAGAUUUGUCCAAAGGAGGUUUGCUUUCCCUUCCCUUUAGGCCAGUGGUUCUCAACCUGUGGGUCCCCAGAUGUUUUGGGCUUCAACUCCCAGAAAUCCUAAGAGCUGGUAAGCUGGCUGGGAUUUCUGGGAACUGUAGGCCAAAACACCCAGGGACCCACAGGUUGAGAACCACUGCUUUAGGCUGAGAGUGUGAGAUACCCCUGGUAUUAGUCAUACAGUAGAGUCUUGCUUAUCCAACCAUUGCUCAUCCAGCAUUUGGUAUUAUCCAACGCAGUCUGCCUCCUACCUGGAUCCACAGCUGUUUCAAUACAUUGCAAUGUUUUGGUGCUAAAUUUGUAAAUACAGUAAUUACUACAUAACAUUACUGUGUAUUGAAUUGCUUUUUCUGUCAAUUUGUUGUAAAACAAUGUUUUGGUGCUUAAUUUGUAAAAUCAUAAUGUAAUUUGACGUUUAAUAAUAGACUUUUCCAUAAUCCCUCCUUAUUAUCCAACAUUUUCACUUAUCCAAUGUCUGCUGGCCAGUUUAUGUUGGAUAAGCAAAACUCUACGUUACAUUUAAAUUCCCAUAGCCGAAUGGGGAUUUGAACCCUGGUCUCCCAAACUCGUAGUCCAGUACUCAGACCAUUGCCCUCUGCUGGCUCACUACUAGUAGUUCAGUAGCAGUACCACAUUCCCCUUUUGUGGUUUAACCCUUUGAAAUUCUUUUUCCCUUAACUAAUGGCUAGAUAGUAUUAGGUAUUUUCCACCUCUGAAACUCUGAAUAAAAAUAUACUCUAAACAAAAGUUAGUACUUUCUGAUAUACAAAUUGUAGAUAAUUAUGAAAAAUAAAAGAACCUUACACUG